AUGAAAACGAUGGGUUUACUGCCGCUGGAGUUCACCGACGACUUAUCGCGUGUCCAGCGCUCGGUCGCCGACACCUUAAGUAACUUCAGCUUCGAGUGCAUCGGCAGCAGUCAGACCGACGAUGAGAUAGUCAUCGCCGGUUCCCUCAAAGAGUUCGGCCGCUUGUUGUCCACCAUUGAGGACGAAAGGGACCGAAUGCUGGAGAGAGCGAGCGCCACAUUCAUCGAACCCAUCGAGAAGUUCAGACGCGAACAGAUCGGCGGCGCAAAGGAAGUGAAGAAGAAGUUCGACAAAGAGACCACUCGUUUCUGUCAGUCAUUGGAACGGCAUUUGAAUUUGUCGACAAAGAAGAGCGAGAAUCACUUACAAGAGGCUGAUGCCAGUCUAGAGAUGGAGCAAAGACACUUCUUCCAGGCCUCCUCCGAAUACGUACUUAAGUUACAAGAAGUCAACGAACGCAAGAAGUUUGAAUUCGUCGAAACGGUGAUCACUUGUUCCCUACCAUUCCCUGAGUCACCCGUUUUCUCGGUGCUUAGUUUUAUGUAUGGAUGGCUCACAUUCUAUCACCAGGGUCAUGAAGUCGCCAAAGAAUUCAAAUCAAUUAUAACUGAUCUACAAAUACGAUUGCAAAGAACUCGAGCUAAUUAUGAGACCACACAAAACGAAACGGAAUCACUUAUGAACAAAAUGCUUGAAAAACUUCAGGACUCGGGUUCACUAAACAAAAUGUAUACACGACAGGGAUAUCUGUUUCUAAUGGAAAAGAAGGCGUUCGGGACGUCUUGGGCCAAACACUUCUGCCAAUACGACAAAGAGAACAAACGGUUUACAAUGAUUCAGUACAACCAGACCAUCGCCAAAAUCAUAUCGACAGAAGAGAUCACUCUUAAGGAAUGCAUUCGCCGAAUGUCUGACUCGAUUGACAAGCGAUUCUGUUUCGACAUAAUCCCUGUGGAGAAACCCAACUGUUUGUACACAUUUCAGGCGCUGUCCGAAGAGGACCGUAAACUCUGGUUGGACGCCAUGGAUGGCAAAGAGCCCAUCCAAUUGAAUCCAACGCUUGCCGGCAAACCAUUACCUCAACAACAAGAAGAUUGCCAUUUGGAUGAUUUGGGCUUCACUUUCGUCCAGAAGUGUAUUCACGUUAUAGAGAAGAGAGGUCUGGAAGAUCAGGGCCUCUAUCGUGUAGUGGGCGUCGCCUCCAAAGUGAAUCGUUUGAUUCAGUUAUGUCUCGACAGGAGAAAAAUUAGUGACAAUAACGAGAUCUACGACUUUGACAGCACUGAUGAAUGGGAAACAAAGACAAUAACGAGUGCUCUGAAGACAUAUUUCCGUAAUUUACCGGAACCUCUCAUGACAUUCAGACUUCACAUUGCAUUCAUAGCCGCCGCCAAGCACGAAAACAAAGUACAGAGGAUUGAAGCGAUCCACUGCUUAGUCCAUAAACUACCGGCUCUUAACUUAGAAAUGCUUGAGCUUCUGGUCAAACACCUAUGCAAAGUUGCAAACCAUUGCGAGAAGAAUUUGAUGACAGUUUCGAAUUUAGGCGUCUGUUUCGGUCCAACACUGUUACGACCCGAAGAGGAAACGGUGGCAGCGAUUAUGGACAUAAAGUUUGGUAACGUUGUCGUCGAGCUUCUCAUUGAAAACUGUGAUAAGAUUUUCGGCACAAAGCCUGAGAAUGGCUUUCAAACCCUACAAAGAAGUUCUCCUUCGGGUGCGAUCACACCCAUGAAUGCCAGCGCUUACGUCACGCCAAUGGGUGCUAAUAAUAGUCCACUCUAUGGACGCCUACAGUACGACAAUAACUCGACAUACGCUCAGAUCAGAGGAGGACCCACUCGGAGCACAAGUCAGGACCAGUUGAUGGUUAUGACGAAUCCGAUGCUUCAGCACCAGUACCGGCGCCCUCUAUAUCAGCACAGUUUGUCGCACGCGAGCCAUCAGAUGACGGCGUCGUUCCCGCCGCCGCCCAACACUCUAACGUACGCUCAAUCCAUACAAAGCCUUCCUCAACAGCAUUACGUUCAGUACCCGACGAAUGGUCCGCAACAACAGUCACUACAGCGAGCCGUCCGACCCAUCGCUAUCUACAACCAAUGGAAUGGUCCGCCAAAUGUGGUGGCGUUGGGCACCGGCUCUCCGCAGAUGCACCAAAUGAUUGACAAUAACCAUAAGGAGAAGAGUCCCACUGCCAGCUCCGGCAGCGCCGACUCGCUCCUCAAUACUUACACGCAGUCAUCGCAAGUCCAGAAUACGAGUCCAAACAACAACACCUCUCCGCCCAACACUUAUCCCAAUACAAAGAGUUUUUAUAACUACAGACAACAGAUAAUAAGCGCGCCGUCCGUGCAGAACAUUCCCAUCAACUUCCGUAAGGUUCGCACGCGUUAUGCCUGUGUCGGCGAAAAUGAUUCCGAGCUCUCCUUCGAGCCAAACAUGAUUAUCACAAACGUGCGUCAGUCACGAGAACCCGGUUGGCUCGAGGGCUGCCUCAACGGCAAGACUGGUCUGAUCCCCGAAAAUUAUGUCGAAUUUCUAGAUUAAUAAUAAGUGUUAAUCUAUAUGUUAAUAAUCUGUUGUCACUUAAAUAUAGUGCCAUUUAUUUUCUUAUAAACACAUUAAAUGUUUCUCAUUUCGCUUAAAGUAUAGACAAUUUUAAUGGAAAAAAUACAUCAUUUCGUGACCACGAAGAUAAUCAUAAUUUUAAAUAUAGAUUUUUGGUGCAAUUCUUACUUUGAUAUAAAUAUAUAAAUAUUAUAAAAGUUUAUAAAAUUGCAAAACAAGU